AUGGCAACCGCUAUGACGUUAACGUCUGCAGCGGGUGUAAUAUCCCUUCUUGAUGAGCCAGAACCCCAGCUGAAGACCUUUGCCUUGACCAGAUUGGACAGCAUUGUUGAUGUAUUCUGGGCAGAGAUUUCUGAAAGUGUUGGCAAAAUUGAGGUGCUCUAUGAAGACCCGCAGUUUAUGUCUAAUGAGUUGGCUGCAUUGGUUGCUGCUAAAGUCUACUAUCACCUUGGGGCAUUUGAAGAGUCUUUAACGUUUGCUUUGGGGGCUGGGUCUCUUUUCAAUGUGAAUGAUACCUCAGAGUUUGUGGAGACCAUCAUUUCUAAAUGCAUUGAUCAUUACACCAAGAUGAGAGUCCACAAUGCGGAAGUUACAGAUGAGGCAGAUAAGAAAGUGAUUGAUCCCCGGCUUGAGGCUGUUGUCAAUCGUAUGUUUCAGAGAUGCAUUGAUGACAAGCAGUUCAAGCAGGCUGUAGGCAUUUCGCUGGAGACCAGAAGGAUUGACAUCUUUGAGAAAGCUAUCAAACAGGCUGAUGAUGUACAAGGAAUGCUGUCGUAUGCCUUUAAAGUUUGCAUGUCUCUUUUACAGAGCCGCCAGUUCCGCAACACAAUUUUGCGUGUUCUGACCAGCCUGUACAUGGGUCUUGGCACACCAGAUUAUAUUAAUGUAUGCCAGUGUUACAUCUUCCUGGAUGAUGCUCAGGCUGUGGCUGACAUUCUUGUUCAGCUCACCAAAGGAGAUGAGGACUCGGUGCUCAUGGCUUACCAGAUUGGAUUUGAUCUCUAUGAAAGUGCCACACAGCAGUUUCUGCAGCACGUACAGGCAGCUCUUAGAGGUGCCGCCCCAGCACCCAUUGCAGCUCCAACCCUUCUUAACACUAAAAGAUCAAGCACAGAUGUUGAGAAAAAAGAGGAGAAGGACCUCCCAAUGGAAACUGAUGAUUUACCUGCUCCUCAAGCUGUGGUUGAGCCUGAAACUUCAACUAAAAUCCCUGUGAGUUUGAAUGAAGCAGACAGUCAGCUGCAGUUGCGUCUAGAGCGUUUACACACCAUUCUUGGAGGAGAAACAAGUAUCUUCCUGAGACUGCAGUUCUUGAUCAAGAAUAACAAAACAGAUAUGCUUAUCUUGAAAAACACCAAAGAGGGAGUCAGGAAUUCAGUGUGUCACACAGCUACAGUGAUUGCCAAUUCUUUCAUGCAUUGUGGAACCACAUCAGAUCAGUUCUUGCGAGACAACCUGGAGUGGCUGUCCAGAGCCACUAACUGGGCCAAGUUUACGGCAACAGCUAGUUUGGGUGUGAUACACAAGGGCCAUGAAAAAGAGGCUCUCAAUUUGAUGUCCCAGUACCUGCCUAAAGAUAUGGGACCAGGUUCCUCUUACUCUGAAGGUGGCGGUUUGUAUGCAUUAGGUCUGAUCCAUGCUAACCAUGGAGGGGAGAUCACAGAUUAUCUCCUCAACCAGUUAAAAGAGGCAUCCACUGACAUGGUACGUCAUGGGGGAUGCCUUGGCUUGGGAUUAGCUGCCAUGGGUUCAGCUAGACAAGAUAUCUAUGAGCAGCUGAAGUUCAAUCUCUUCCAGGACGAUGCAGUCACUGGAGAAGCAGCUGGUAUAGCAAUGGGUCUGGUGAUGCUGGGAACAAAGUCAUCUACCGCUAUCACUGACAUGGUCCAGUAUGCUCAGGAAACCCAGCAUGAGAAGAUUUUACGAGGCCUUGCUGUUGGGAUUGCUCUCACCAUGUAUGGCCGCCUUGAAGAAGCAGAUGCUCUGAUUGAAUCUCUCACCAGAGACAAGGACCCCAUCCUUCGCUGGUCAGGCAUGUAUACGCUGGCAAUGGCUUACUGUGGCACCGGAAACAACCAGGCAAUCCGCAGGCUGCUGCACGUAGCUGUCAGUGAUGUCAACGAUGACGUCCGUCGGGUUGCCGUCACCUGCCUUGGUUUUCUUUUGUACAGAACUCCAGAGCAGUGCCCCAGUGUGGUCUCUCUGUUGUCCGAGAGCUACAACCCCCAUGUUCGAUUUGGAGCUGCAAUGGCCCUGGGUAUUGCUUGUGCCGGAACUGGUCUCAAGGACGCUAUUGGUCUUCUGGAGCCGAUGACAAAUGAUCCAGUAAAUUAUGUGAGACAGGGUGCCCUGAUUGCUUCAGCUCUGAUCCUAAUCCAGCAAAAUGAAUCCACCUGUCCCAAGGUUGUCCACUUCCGCCAGCUGUAUGCCAAAGUCAUCGCCGACAAGCACGAAGACGUCAUGGCCAAAUUUGGCUCAAUCAUUGCUCAAGGUAUUAUUGAUGCUGGGGGCCGCAACUGCACCGUCUCUCUCCUGUCUCGCACCGGACACACGAAUAUGGAAGCUGUGGUGGGCAUGCUAGUUUUUUGCCAGCACUGGUUCUGGUAUCCUCUCACCCACUUCCUGUCGCUGGCUUUCAAACCAUCAUGCAUCAUUGGCCUUAAUAUUGACUUAAAAAUGCCCAAAGUGGAGUUCCGAUCCAAUGCCAAGCCAUCAAUGUUCUCUUACCCACCAGUGCUCGAGGAGAAGAAAGACAAAGCAAAGGAGAAGGUGGAGACAGCCGUCCUAUCUAUCACUGCCAAGCAGAAGAAGAAGGAUUUAGAAAAGAAGAAAGACUCACAGUCAACGAUAGAGACCAUGGAAGUUGAUGACUCCUCCAAGAAGGACACCAGCAAGGAUAAAAAAGACAAGAAAAAGGAUGAUAAGGCAAGUUCAGACAAGACCAAGAAAGCUGGAGAAGCAGAAUCUUCAGAAACCCUUGUUUCUGAGUCACCAUCCACAGAAAAGAAAGAGCCAGAACCUAAUUUUGAAAUCUUGACUAAUCCUGCUCGCACAAUGAAGGCUCAGCUGAAAGUGCUUUCCAUGGAAACAUCCCGGUACACUCCUGUUAAAGACCUGUCCCACGGAGGAAUAAUCAUGCUGAAGAACAGCAAACCAGAGGAAAAGGAAGACAUUGUGGAGACAGUUCAAGCAGGAGGACCAAAGGCAGAUGAUGAGGAGGAGGAGCCAGAAGCGCCGGAGCCUUUUGAGUGGACUGAAGAUUAG